UCAAGUGUGAGUGUAAAGUGUUGUGAUUGGGUGAAAAUGUGCGAAAGAACGAUGGCAGAGGACGAGGAGGAACUUUGUCCAACAAAGGAGGAGAAGGAGCGACAACAUCAAAAACAUCAAGUUGUGUUACACAGAACAGAACAUCUUCUCCCUGAGCAAAAGGAGUGGAGCUUCAGGAUGGUGACGGAGGAGCCACAGCCCUCCCACGUUGAGAAGGAAGAGGAGUACCCACUGACACCCCAUUUUAAAGAGGAAGAGGAGGACCCACGGACCCCUUACAUCAAAGAGGAAGAGGAGGACCCACAGACCCCUUACAUCAAAGAGGAAGAGAAGGAACCACUGACACCCCAUUUUAAAGAGGAAGAGAAGGACCCACUGACCCCUCACAUUAAAGAGGAAGAGAAGGACCCACUGACCCCUAACAUUAAAGAGGAAGAGAAGGACCCACUGACCCCUAACAUUAAAGAGGAAGAGGAGGAACACAGCAUCGGUCAGGAGGGAGAGCAUCUUGAAGGACUGAAGGAGGUUGAUGUCACCAAGAUGCCAGUGACUGGUGUGAUUGUGAAGAGAGAGGCGGAGCCUCCAAGCAGCAGCUCAACUCAACACAUGACAACAGAAGCUGAUGGAGACCACUGUGGAGGAUCACAAGCAGACAAGAUCUUAGCUCCACUAUCAGAUAGUGACGACACAACGUCUCACUCUCCUGACACUGAUGAUGAAGAUUCUAAAGAUGAUAAGACAUGUCACACUGACAACACACACUUGACAUGUUCUCACUGUGACAAAACUUUUAAACGCUCUACUUGUCUUAAAAUACACGUGAGAACACACACCGGAGAGAAACCUUUUUCCUGCUCAGUCUGCGGUAAAGGUUUUACUCAAAAGCAUCAUUUGAAAAGACACAUGGGAAUAUACACUGUAGAAAAACAUGUUUCCUGCUCUGAGUGUGGUAAAGGUUUUACACACAGUAAUGGUUUGAAAGAGCACAUGACAAUACACACUGGAGAAAAACCGUUUUCCUGCUCUGAAUGUGGUAGAGAUUUUAGACAAAAACAAGUCCUGAAAGUUCACAUGAGAAUACACACUAGAUAAAACCCCUUUACCUGUUCAGUCUGUUGUAAAGGUUUUGGAUGAAGUCUUUUUGAAAAGACACCUGAUGAGACACAGGUGAGAGUGUUUAGUUGCAGUGUGUGAACUGUCAAAACUUGAAUAUUGACUUUCUAACAACUUAAGCACAUAUAACAUGUGUGAUAUCAUUGUUGUGUGUAACACAAUCUUGUUAAUAUGAUUCUACCAUUUAUAAAAUUUACAUAUUUUAGAUUAGUGUUUUUUAGUCUAGUACAAGCAUUAUGUAAUAUUGUGUGCUUUUAUUCGAUAAAUAGAACAAUUUGACUGAAAACUUGAGAGUAAACAGUACAAAACAUAUCUUACAUACAAUAAUUUGUUUAUAUCGAAAUUCCUGAUUUUAAACUUUGGUUUUAUACAGGUCUUUGAAGUAAUAGUGUUACAUAUUUUAAGUUUCUAAUUGUAAAUGAUUCCAUAGAUGAACUUAUUUAUAUGAUAUACAUAUUAGUUUUACAUGUGAUUAUACUUUUGCUUUUAAGUACACAUAAAUCCCUCUAAGUUCACAUUUACUGGUUCACAUCUGAAACAACUUCUGGUUCACUUCUGGAAGCAUAUUAUUAUUUACCGUACUUUAUACAUCAUUUGAGCAGUGGUGUUUUGUACAAAAUCAUUUACUUUUGAAAUGUGUGACUUUAUGAAUCAUUUGUUGGGUCUUGAUAAUCCAUUCUAUUACCGGUAAUUAUCUUUAUUACUCUCUUUUGUAAUAUGAAUAUUGUUUUGUGAUUGGUUUAUAUGUAUGUCCUCAGACCUUUAUGCAAUAAACAAUGUAUGCUUCAAAAGUUGGGAACA